AUGUCGAAGGUUAUGCGCAGCGUGAAAAACGUGACCAAAGGGUACUCUCAUGCCCAGGUCAAGGUCCGAGAAGCGACCAGCAAUGAUCCAUGGGGCCCGACGGGCACGCAGAUGAGCGAGAUUGCUCAAAUGACAUUCAGCACGUCCACCGAGUUCUACGAUAUCAUGGAUAUGCUUGACAAGAGACUCAACGAUAAAGGAAAGAAUUGGCGCCACGUCCUUAAGGCGCUCAAGGUCCUCGACUACUGCCUGCACGAGGGCUCCGAGCUCGUUGUCACCUGGGCCCGCCAGAGCAUCUACAUCAUCAAGACGUUGCGAGAGUUCCAGUACAUUGACGAGGAAGGUCGCGAUGUCGGGCAGAAUGUUCGUGUUGCGGCCAAGGAGUUGACUGCGCUCAUCCUCAAUGACGAGCGACUGCGAGCGGAGCGAAGCGACCGGAAGUCGUGGAAGUCGCGUGUCAUGGGUCUCGAUUCUGAUUUCGGCCCGCAGUACGCUGAGCAAUCUCAGCGACGACAGCCUCGGUCCGAACGUAGAGCUCCGACGACGGAGGAAGACGACACCGAGUAUCGCCUUGCCAUCGAAGCCAGCAAAUACCAAGAGGAGGAGGACAGGAAGAGGAGGCAGAACCGCUCCAACGGCGACAACGAUGACGAUCUCGCAAAGGCCAUCAAGCUGAGCCAGGAGGAGGAGGAGAGAAGGCGUCGGGAGCUGGAAGAUGCAAACGCCGCCUCUUUGUUCGACGAUGACACUCCCGCGACAUCGCAGCCACAACACACUGGAUUUAACCAGGGUUACCAGCAAGGGAACGCCGUGGAUUUCUGGGCCAACCCUAUUGAUCAGCAAGCCGCGCAGAUUCCACAGCCGACGGGCUAUCUCCAAGCCGCUUAUACUGGAUACCAGCAGCCGCAGCAGACUGGCUGGCAGCCAAACUACAACGCUGCUUUUGGCGUUGAUUCAUUUGCCCCGAUGCCGACAGGUAACCUGCUUGCGCAGCAGCAGCAGCAACAACAGUUCCUGCAGCCGCAGUUUACUCAACAGCAGCAUCUGCAGCCAUCACCGGCCCUGGAUUUGGCCGUCCAGCCUGGGAGCAACAAUCCCUGGGCGUCCAAUCACCUGCAGCAGCAGUCCCUUCAACCCACGCCGACCGGUUCCAACAACCCCUUUGCUCAGAACAGGCCGCAGUCAGCAAGACCUGCGACAUCUUCUCUUACUUCUCUCAGCCCUCUGCCAGAGCAAAAGACACUGUCCAACUUCAACCAGCCCCAGCCCCAGUUUGGAUUGCAGCAGCAGCAGCAACAGCAGCAGAGGCUCAAUUAUACCGCGCCUCAGCGGGAGCUUAGUGAGCACGAGAGGAAGCUGAACGCUUUGCUGGCUUCUGGAGAUGGCAUGGACACAUACGGAAACACAGGAGACCUGCGAAUUCCCGCGCAGCAUACGGCCCCAGGAACGUUUAUUAACAGCGCCGGCGCAGGCCUCGGCCGCCUCAACCCAGAAGCCACCGGCAACAACCCCUUCCUGCGACAGCAAUUCACGGGCAUGCCGAGCAUCACCUACGGUGGCCAGCAGCGACCGCAGCAGCAGGGCCAGGCGCAAGACUUGAUUCAGUUUUAA